AUGAAUUGGAAAAAUGGACCCUUGUCAUCUGAUGAUAUGGAGGGUCAAAUAACACUUGAAAAUAAUGGGAAAGUUCUAGACUUUUUCCCUGAUAUGUUCAGGAGGCUUAUCGGGAUAUGGGCACUUUCCGAGGCUGAUGGAAUUGACUAUACUGACCCUGAAGAGCCGAAGUUGUUGGUUGCAACACUGAUGUAUCUUGAUGCAUUGGAUGGUAAAUGGAGUGUGUCGUUAUUGACAAAGUGUUCAACUUCUCCUGAUGUCAAAAGAAGGUACAUCUUUUCAUACAAAAAUACUAAAACAUGCUUCUUCAAUGAGGAGGGUAUUUAG